AUGUUGGUCGGGAUAGGUGUUUAUGCAGAAUGUUACACAGCAGGGGUGAUGCCGCCUCGAGGACAGCGUGGCGAGAGCGGUUCGGGUCGACAACACACAAGAAAUCGUCGAACGCACCGCCGCGUCACACACAAUGAGAAGAGAUACCAUUCAGUGCGACCGUGCGCCGCUCUCCGUUCGCCGCCAGGGAGGACCAACAGACGUCUUACGCGGAACGAGAGCCGCUACCACUCCGAAGUCAGACAGGAGGCCGUUCAACAGGCAUUAGCUGAAAUGCAGAAUAGGCCUAAGCCGUCUCUGCCGAUGCCCUCAAAACGCACCUCAAUGAUGGCCAAGAGCCCUGACAGAGAAAGGCAUGAAUUGUCUUCAAGUUCAGACGAAGACUCUUGCGCUGGUGACGCAGAGCUGCCCCCUCCACCAGAUAUGGGUUCGCCACCCUCCCGCAGACCAGCGGCUCCACAUCCACGCGGUCAUGCGCACCCACUGCCACAACCACAUCACCAGAGAGAAAAGAAAUACCCGCCACGGGAAAAGACUGACCUCGAUUUAUCUGAAAUUACACACUUACCAACUUAUGUUCAACCUGACGUAACACACACCUCAGCGGGCGCUCGUCGCGGUGGGGCGCUUGUUGCUGAUAGAGUUCAAUGUUAUUCACAGCCCGAAGACACAGGCACCGGCACCGGUAGAUGGAAGGUGUCAGCAAAAAUUCAACAAUUACUUAAUACGUUAAAACGACCAAAACGUCGUCCAUUGCCGGAGUUUUAUGAAGAUGACGACAUUGAAUUGGAGAUUGCAGCGAAUCCUAAGGAUCCGAAUGCACCAAAACCCGAAGGAGGCACUAUGACACCAGCAGUUGGCGACCAACUCGUCGUCCCAGCAGGUCUUCCCAGAAAUUUAGAAGCGGCACUUCAAAGAUACGGCACCGCGUCAUUUAAAGCUAACGUUGCCACUGUACUCGACCCAAACGGAAAACUUAGCAAUUCUCUAACAUACGGAAAGCUUCUCAGCCGUUCAUUAAAGAUAGCGUAUGCUUUGCUUAACAAGACGUUUACAUCGAAGUCAACUAGUGGCGGACCUCUAACCGGUGACAACAAUAUUAAACCUGGAGACCGAGUGGCGUUAGUGUACCCAAAUAAUGACCCUAUAAACUUUAUGUGCGCGUUCUAUGGGUGUCUUCAAGCGGGGGUCGUCCCUGUCCCCAUCGAAGUACCCCUUACCCGAAGAGACGCGGGGUUGCAACAAGUUGGCUUUUUACUUGGCUCAUGUGGAAUUCAAUAUGCUCUGACGUCAGAUGCGUGCCUAAAAGGUCUGCCAAAGACUUCGUCUGGUGACGUAGUUUCAUUUCGCGGUUGGCCCUCACUCCACUGGGUGUCUACUGAGAAGCUACCCCGUCCUCCUCGCGAUUGGAUACCCCCUCCGCGACCCGCUGAAGACACCCCCGCACAUAUUGAACAUACAUCAGCAGUUGAUGGCUCUGCUAUGGGAGUUAUUGUUACACGGGCUUCGAUGUUGGCGCACUGCAGGAUGUUAUCUGUCGCCUGCAACUACACGGAAGGUGAACACAUGGUGUGUGUAUUGGACUUCAAGCGUGAAACUGGCUUAUGGCAUGCCGUACUUGCAAGUGUCCUUAAUGGCAUGCAUGUAAUAUUCAUACCGUAUGCCCUCAUGAAAGUCAGCCCUGCAUCAUGGAUGCAUAUGAUCACAAAGUACAGGGCAUCAGUGGCCAUAGUCAAGUCUCGGGAUCUGCAUUGGGGCCUUCUUGCGACGCGGGACCACAAAGAGAUAUCACUCAGCUCACUUCGAUUCCUUCUUGUCGCCGAUGGAGCAAACCCGUGGUCGCUGUCUUCUUGCGAUCAGUUUCUAUCAAUAUUUCAGAGCAAAGGUGUUCGAGGUGACGCGAUAUGUCCGUGCGCGUGCAGUAGCGAAUCUAUGUCUGUGUGUAUCCGCCGUGCGGGACGUGGUGGAUCCUCAGCCGGUCGCGGAGUUCUCUCAAUGUCUGGACUUUCUUACGGCGUAGUCAGAGUAGAUGCAGAGAACUCGCUAACGUCUCUCACUUUGCAGGAUUGCGGACAGGUUAUGCCGUCAUGUGUCAUAGUGGUAGUAAAAAUGGAGGGUCCAGCUUAUCUCUGCAAGACAGACGAAGUUGGGGAAAUAUGUGUAUUAUCUGGGGCCACUGGGUCUGGAUAUUGGGGGCUUCCGGGCCUCACCAACACCGUGUUUCGGGUGCGCCCUUUAGACGCCGACGGAGAUGCAAUUGGGGAAGAACAUUAUGUAAGAAGCGGUCUCCUUGGAUUCCUUGGACCUGGAGGCUUGGUCUUCGUAUGUGGAUCAAGGGACGGAUUAAUGACUGUCACGGGUCGUAAGCACAAUAUGGACGAUAUUAUUGCCACUGUCCUUGCGGUCGAGCCCAUGAAGUUUAUUUACAGAGGUCGAAUUGCCGUGUUCUCUGUUAGAGUUCUGCGCGAUGAGAGAAUCUGUAUAGUCGCUGAACAGCGCCCGGAUUGCGGCGAAGAAGAGUCUUUCCAAUGGAUGUCUCGUGUUCUACAAGCCGUUGACUCUAUUCACCAAGUAGGCAUAUACUGCCUGGCUUUAGUUCAACCGAACUAUUUGCCUAAAACGCCCUUGGGUGGUAUACAUCUGAGCGAGUGUAAGCGCCGGUUUCUCGAAGGAACUCUUCAUCCCGCCAAUGUACUGAUGUGUCCACAUACGUGUGUCACCAACCUUCCAAAACCCCGUGAAAUACAUUCAGACGUCGGCCCUGCCUCAGUAAUAGUGGGUAAUCUUGUUCAAGGCAAUCGCCUCGCGUCCGCUCAAGGGCGUGAUAUGGGAUAUUCCGAUGAUUCUGAUGCGGCACGAAAGUAUCAAUUCAUAUCACAAAUCUUAAGAUGGCGCGCGCAAAGCACCUCCGACCAUGUCAUAUUCACCCUACUCAACUCGAAAGGUGCAGCUACAAAAGUUCUCACGUGUGCUGAACUCCACAAGAAGGCCGAGAGAAUUGGCAAUUUACUUUUAGAAAAAGGACGUGUUAAUACUGGCGAUCACGUAGCACUUAUAUUCCCACCGGGGCUUGAUCUCAUUUGUGCAUUUUAUGGUUGUCUCUACGUUGGAGCAGUUCCAGUGACUAUUCGCCCCCCACACCCGCAAAAUCUUCACACUACGCUGCCAACAGUUCGAAUGAUCGUGGACGUCAGCAAAGCCACACUAGUCCUUUCGAAUCAAUCUGUGAUAAAAUUAUUGCGCUCAAAAGAAGCAAGCAAUGUAAUUGAUAGCAAAGCGUGGCCUAUCACUCUCGAUACAGACGAUAUGCCUAAGAAGAAAUUGCCUAUUUUGUACCGAGCGCCAACAGCGGAAAUGCUGGCUUACUUGGACUUCAGCGUGUCGACUACGGGAAUGUUGGCAGGGAUCAAAAUGUCGCAUGCGGCUGUCACGUCCCUUUGUCGCUCAAUGAAAAUAGCAUGCGAAUUGUACCCUUCCCGUCAUAUAGCUCUUUGUCUUGAUCCGUACUGUGGUCUCGGAUUUGCCCUCUGGUGUCUCAGCAGCAUUUAUUCAGGACACCAUUCAAUCCUCAUACCUCCGUCUGAAGUCGAGAUCAAUCCAGGGUUAUGGCUGAGCGCUGUGUCACAAUACAAAGUGCGGGACACUUUCUGUUCUUAUGGAGUAAUGGAGUUAUGCACUAAAGGGCUUGGAAGUUCUGUAAAUCAAUUGAAAGCGAAAGGUAUAAAUUUGGGAUGUGUCAGAACAUGUGUGGUGGUUGCAGAAGAACGACCGAGGAUCAACUUGACAAACUCUUUCUCUAAACUGUUCUCGGCUUUAGGCCUCAGUCCAAGAGCUGUUUCGACGUCGUUUGGUUGCCGAGUGAAUAUUGCUAUAUGUCUACAAGGCGCGUCUAGUCCGGAACCAUCUACCGUCUAUGUAGAUCUACGAGCUUUAAGAAAUGACCGAGUCUCGCUGGUCGAGCGUGGCAGCCCACAUUCCUUGUGUCUUAUGGAGUCUGGAAAACUAUUGCCCGGUGUAAAAGUGAUCACAGCCAAUCCUGAGACGAAAGGUCAAUGUGGGGACUCUCAUUUGGGAGAGAUUUGGGUUCAGUCUCCGCACAAUGCAAGUGGUUAUUUCACGAUUUACGGUGAUGAGAGCGACUACGCUGAUCACUUUAGUGCGCAGUUGGUAACAGGCAACACGGGUGAAGUAUACGCCAGAACGGGCUAUUUGGGCUUUUUGCGGAGAACUGAAAUAACAACAACGGGAACUGGGGAUGAUAUGUCUAUGAUAUCACGUGAUAGCGACACCGAGUCGCUUGCAUCAGCUUGCGGCAGUAUGAGCGGCUUGAUGAAUGACUCUCACGAUACACACGACGCUGUGUUCGUCGUCGGAGCGCUUGACGAAACUAUAAUGCUCCGAGGUAUGCGGUAUCACCCCAUUGAUAUAGAGAAUUCAGUUAUGAGAUGCCAUAAGAAAAUCGCUGAAUGUGCCGUGUUCACUUGGACGAAUCUUUUGGUCGUUGUCGUAGAACUGGAUGGUAACGACAGCGAAGCUCUAAACUUAGUGCCUCUCGUGACCAACACAGUCCUAGAGGAGCAUCACUUGAUCGUUGGCGUCGUGGUUGUAGUGGACCCAGGAGUAGUUCCCAUUAAUUCACGCGGUGAGAAACAACGUAUGCAUCUGCGCGACGGAUUCCUUUCCGACCAAAUCGAUGCUAUUUAUAUCGCAUAUAACAUGUAA